AUGGAUCCUUGUCCUUUUAUCCGUCUCACGAUCGGAAAUCUAGCUCUGAAAGUUCCUUUAGCGGCGAAAACGACGAGCUCCGUCGUGCAUCCCUCGUCUUCUCCUUGUUUCUGUAAAAUCAAACUCAAAAACUUCCCACCUCAAACCGCUGCAAUCCCGUACAUUCCUCUUGAAACCACUCAGUUCCCGGAGAUCCAAACCCUAGCCGCCACGUUUCACCUCAGCAACUCCGAUAUUGAACGAUUAGCUUCCAGAUCCAUCUUUACCUCUAAGCCAUGUCUUAAGAUCUUAAUCUACACGGGAAGAGCCGGCGCUGCGUGCGGUGUUCACUCCGGUCGUCUCUUGGCGAAAGUCUCCGUGCCGUUGGAUCUCGCCGGUACGCAAUCGAAGCCGUGCGUUUUCCACAACGGCUGGAUAUCCGUCGGGAAAGGAGCCGGGAAAUCGUCGUCGUCGGCUCAGUUUCACCUGAAUGUGAAAGCGGAGCCUGAUCCUAGGUUCGUUUUCCAGUUCGACGGCGAACCUGAAUGUAGUCCUCAAGUGGUUCAGAUUCAAGGGAAUAUCCGACAACCGGUCUUCACAUGCAAAUUCAGUUGCCGGACCACCGGCGAUCGCACCAUGAGAUCAAGAUCGUUGCCGCCUGAAACUAGUGUUCCACGGAGCUGGCUAAACUCGUUUGGAAGCGAGAGAGAACGACCCGGAAAAGAGCGAAAAGGAUGGUCCAUAACGGUCCACAAUUUGUCCGGUUCGCCGGUAGCGAUGGCUUCAAUCGUCACUCCAUUCGUUGCAUCUCCGGGAACAGAUCGUGUAAGCCGAUCAAACCCCGGUUCUUGGCUCAUCCUACGCCCCGGAGAUGGCACCUGGAAACCAUGGGGCCGACUCGAGGCGUGGCGAGAACGCGGCGGAGCUACGGAUGGACUCGGUUACAGAUUCGAACUCAUCCCGGAUGGAUCAAGCGGCGCAGGAAUCGUUCUUGCGGAAUCAACCAUAAGUUCUCACAGAGGUGGGAAGUUCUCAAUCGAGUUAGGAUCAUCGCCAACAAGUAAUGUCAACAGAACAAGAAGUCGUCGCGGCGGGAGCGGCGGAAGCGGAGGAGGAGCAUCGCCGGUGAAUAGUCCGAGAGGAGGAAGCGGGGAUUAUGGUUACGGAUUGUGGCCGUGGAGCGUGUACAAAGGGUUUGUAAUGUCAGCGAGUGUGGAAGGUGAAGGGAAAUGUAGUAAGCCUUGUGUAGAGGUAAGUGUGCAACACGUUAGCUGUAUGGAAGACGCGGCAGCUUACGUGGCGCUUUCUGCAGCCAUUGAUCUUAGUAUGGAUGCUUGCAGGUUGUUUAAUCAGCGGAUGAGGAAAGAGCUUUGCCAACAUAGUGAAUCACUCAGCUGA